AUGAUAUUUAAAAGUGUUAAAUAUUUAUCUAAUAAAGUGUGCGAUGUUUUAGUAUCAUUUGGUGUUCGUCAAAAUAAAACAACAUUUAUAUCUCAUCCAGGUGUUAUGGUUGUUUCUCAAUUGUUAGAAAUGAAAUUAAUAACAAGGCCAAGAGCAAAAUUAACUCAAGAGAAUGUAAAUGCAAUGGUUGAAUUUGAUUAUGAAUUAGCAAAAAAAGCACAAAUAGCUGUUGAUAAUAAUUUACCUAUAAAUUUUUUUGAUUUAGAAUAUAUAGAUAGACCAGAAUAUUUAAAACUACUUCUUGAAGAAAAAGAAAUUCUAGAAAAAGCAAGAGAAGAUGUGUUAAAAAGGGAAAAAGGAAAUUAUAAAAUGCCAGAUAUACUUAAAAAUUACAAAAGAGUUGAAAUACCAAGAAAAUGGAGACAAGAAUUAGAAAUUGAUGAAAAAAUUUUAAAUGAACAACCAGGUUUAAAGGAAAAUAUAGAAUUGCAAAAAAUUAUGCAUAAUUAUAUUCAAAAUAAAUUUAAAAAUAAAAAAAUUGAAGAAACUCCAAAAAAGCAUAUAAAACCUUAA